AUGGCCACUCUCGACACCCUGAAGCAAGCCCUUAGGCAGACAGCGAGGGCGACAGCACCGCACGCAACGCAGCCGUUGUCCCACGUGGAGUACAGCGCCGGUUUCGACGUCCUUUUUCAAGGCUCGGAAACAACGACAUACCAGAAAUUUAUUGUUCCUCAACUCUCUUCGCUCCUACGUCGUUUACUGAAGUCGCGGGGUUAUAUCUCGCUGCUAGAAAUCGGACCUGGCCCAAAGAGCGUUGUUGGAUACUUACCCUAUCAUAUCAGGCGCAAAGUCAGGAGAUAUGUUGCAUUCGAGCCUAACGACUUGUUUGCCAUAAGACUAGAUGAUUGGUUUCACCCCAUCUCAGGAACAGAGCCUCCUCUGCCAUGCCUGGAACGCCGGCCCGAUAUUCAUCAGAUGCCAUUCACACCAGACAAUGACAACAAAAACACAAGAAGCGGUACAAGCGUUAGGACAAGUGAUGGUGAGAAAUUCGAUGUCGUCUUAUUCUGCCAUAGCAUGUACGGCAUGAAACCUAAACGCAAGUUUAUUGAACAGGCACUGAAAUCACUUGACGAACACCCAGAACCGGGAAUAGUGGCGGUGUUCCAUCGUGAUGGCGACUUGAACCUUGACGGCUUGGUGUGUCAUAGCACGGCGUCUUUCCCUACCGGUGUCGUUCGGGUAGCAACCGAUGAUGAGAAAAUGGACCGAUUUACUUCUUUUAUCGCGGGCUUCACCUUCGCAGAUGCGAAAAUGGACGAAGCUAUUCGGGGCGAAUGGCGUGAGCUAUGCCACGCACUGGGUCGUUGUGAAAAGGCACACCCCGACCAUCUCUUGUUCGGUUCGCCCAACAUGAUGGCCACUUUUACUAAACAUGCAAUUACAUUGCCGGACUUGAUGGCACAGAUGCCAUUGGUGGAUAAAGGCAGGAGAAUUAAAAACCAGGAAGCCCGCCUCCACCGUCCCGCAUCGAUUGUUAGACCGAAACAGAUUCAGCACAUCCAGCAGUGCGUGAAGUGGGCCCUCGAACAAAACGUUGGUCUGACUGUUAUAGGCGGAAGCCAUAGCGGCCAGUGCCUUUGGCCUAACGUUGUCGCCAUUGACAUGGGUGCUUUUGAUCAAGUACACACGGUCAUAACUGAGACGGAGGGAGAAGGACCCAAUCUCGAUUCUACACCCCUGGUUAUCGCGGAGGCUGGCUGCAAUACUGGAGACAUCAUCCGCAAAACUAUGGCAGUAGGCUUGACGGUACCUAUGGGAGCCCGCCCAAGUGUAGGGUCAGGACUCUGGCUGCAGGGCGGCGUUGGACACUUGGCCAGGUUGCACGGGCUUGCGUGUGACGCCAUCGUGGGUGCAGUAAUGGUUAGCGUUGCCUCUGGUCAAGUGCUAUACGUCGGUCGCGUACCAAGCAAGUAUCGACCGGCCGGUGCCAUGAAGUCAGAAGAUGAGAGCGAUAUAUUAUGGGCUUUGAAAGGCGCAGGGACCAACUUUGGCAUCAUUGUCAGCGUUGUAUUUGAAGCUCAUGCGGCCCGAACCUAUUGCGUCCGGAACUGGACCAUCCCCCUAAAAGACGAUCAUGAAGCGCGGCUCAAGCUUCACGAAUUUGAUCAGUGUACCAAAACUCUGGCUCGGCACUGUUCCGCGGAUGCCUAUUUGUAUUCAAAUAACGCGCAGAUACAUCUUGGCGUGACGCUGAUCGAAUCUGCUACGACUAAAGUUGCUUCCCAAUCGCAUACGCUCAUAGACUCAUCAUUGGGGCCGGAAGCUAGUCUCGAGACCGUUGAUGGCGUCGGCCUAUUCGAAACCGAAAUGUACGUAUCCGGCAUGCACGGUGGACAUGGUGGCGGCAAGACGGCCUCAUUCAAGCGGUGUUUAUUCUUAAAACAAAUCGGGGCUGUGGACAUCACCGACAUCUUAUUAGCGGCCAUAGAGACUCGUCCGUCUCCGCUCUGUUACAUUCAUCUGCUUCAAGGAGGUGGGGCGCUCAGCGAUGUAGCCGAUGAUGCUACUGCUUUCGGCUGUCGAGACUGGGAUUUUGCCUGUGUGAUAACUGCUGUCUGGCCUCGUGACCAAGGCGGAACUGAAGUUGCUCUAGAUGCCGUGCAAUGGGUGUAUAAUGUGGCCAGAGACUUAUUGCCUUUGAGCAGCGGAGCUUACCGUGCGGACCUUGGGCCGGAUCCCAGAGAUAUGCCGCUAGCCGCCAUGGCCUUCGGACCAAACGGACCGCGCCUGGCCUGGCUUAAGGAGACCCUAGACCCGCGCAAGGUGUUGGCUUACGCCUGUCCGCUCCCAACACCGCCAAUAAAACAGAAACUUAUUAUUCUUGUUACGGGAGAAAGCGGGGUUGGUAAAGACUACUGCGCUGAUAUUUGGGUCUCCAUGUUUACUAGAUAUGCCCACAAACACUGCAAGGCACGCAAGGCCAGCAUCAGCGAUACCACCAAGGGAGAAUACGCAGCAGCUACCGGUGCAGACUUGAAUGCUCUGUUGGUGAAUCGCGCUUACAAGGAACAACACAGACCAGCAUUGACGGCAUUCUUCAAGGAACAGAUGCGCCAACAACCUCGGCUUCGCGAGAAGCACUUCCUGAAUGUGGUGUCCGGCGCCACAGAUACGGAUGUACUGGUAAUCACCGGGAUGAGAGAUGAGGCACCGACUGCAACCUUGUCGCAUUUAGUUCCGAACAGCAGAUUGCUUGACAUUCGCGUCACAGCUAGUGAAAAGACGCGACAAGCUCGCCGGAAGUGCCGAGUCAAUGCAAAAAAUCUACAUGAUCAUUGCAACAAUGACGAUCGUGGCAGCAAUGGUAGUAAUUGUAAGUCGAAUUCAACGAUGUUGAACUACCGCCACAGUCUUGUCUUCGACAAUGAAGCGACGGGAGACGACGGCGCCAGAAGGUUUGCGGAUAAGUACCUGCUUCCCCUCCUCCAUAAGGACCUGGAGCGACUAGCUACUAUGGUGGUCCCUGUGCCCGACUUCCCACGCCCAGGCAUCAGUUUCCGACAUGUGCUGAACGUCGCCCAACGGCAGGGCGGGUUGGCUUUGUGCACUUCUCUGUUACGGACUCAGUUCAAAGGUGAUUGGGGUAAAGUUGGAGCGGUGGCCUGUUGCGAAGCGGGAGGCUUCGUGUAUGCAUCCGCGUUGGCCCAGCAAGUCAACGUCCCCUUGGCGCUAAUCCGCGAAGCCGGGAAGCUCCCCCCGCCCACCGUCUCUGUCAAAAAGCCUUCAUCACAUAUCUCCGGCUCAGAAGCUGAGGAUGUAGGAGGGAAGAGAAUCGAGAUGAGUCAAGAUUUGAUUCCUAGGGGCGCAUCAGUGGUCGUAAUAGACGACGUACUUGCCACUGGAAAGACGCUUUAUGCAGUGCUUCAACUGUUGGCUGAAGCAGGUAUUGGUAAUGAGAACAUCAGCAUCAUGGUUGUAGCUGAAUUUCCAGUUCACCACGGCCGAGAACUACUAUAUCAUCAUGGCUUUGGUGAUAUCAGUAUUCAAAGCCUUUUGGUUUUUGAUGGGGUCUAG